AUGUCCUUUCUUCUCCAAUGCCUCAAAGGCACUGAAUCAUUGUUGACAUUUUAUAAUGAUAAAAUUCCCAAUAUCAUUACUGAGUUAGAAGGUAAAAUAGGUAAGGGCUCUGGUGUUGAUGGAUUUCGCUCCGCCAUUGGGAUUUUGCAGCAAGGGCUGCGGGGGUAUGAGAGUGUUUUAUCUACAAGAACGGAUGGAGUUACAUCCGAAUUAACUUCACUUAUAGCCACCAUUAAAGCACUAAACACUGAUUUUAAUAAUAAGUCUAGUGUUAAUUUAGUUAGCCAGUUAGAGAGGGUGUCGACUCAGGCCGCUGAGUGUUCGCUGAAGGCCAGGGAAGCGGAAGAUGCGAGAGAGGCUUUAGACGAGACGCUUAAGGGUAAGUUGAAAUGUAGCGUAACAUCGGUUUUGCAGGCUGUCGACGGUUUCCAGAGAAGUGCGGACGAUCCGGGAGUGAAUUGGCAAGCGGCGGAAGUGGACAGGGAGUUGGAGGAGCAGAGGGAAGCGAUAGCAAAAUCUGUAAAUGACGAGACAAGAAAAUUACAGGAGAGGUUGAGGAGAGAGUUUGGAGAAAUCAGUAAUGGUAUCAAGGGUCUAUGUCAGCACAAAGAUGCGCAAUUCAAUUUGGUCAAGGAGGUUCUGCAGGAUGCGAAAACGGAGGCCAACAUUUUAGCGAAAGAGUUCGACACAGAAUAUAGAAAACCGAUAUUAACCCAUUUCGAAAAAAUAACUGCAGCGCUGAAAAACGUUAAUCCGAAGGGAUCAUCUUCUAAGCGCGGUACGUCCAAGCUUCUCUUGGAGGUUAAUGGCAUUACGAAGGCAAUUGACGCCGUUGGAACACAUAUUGCCGACCAUGUUGGCAAUUUGGGCAUGUGGAAUAGGGAGGCCGGGAAGGUGAUUACCAAGGCCAGCGAGAAGUGUGAGGAGAUACUGAAGAGGGUUUCGAAAGGUAAUGAUAAAGAAGCGAUUAUUUUUAAGGAAGCGGGUGAUUUAAAAACGAAAGGCAUCAAACUCAGGGAGGCGGCAAGUAGUGCUGUAGAUAUGGUGAAGGCUAAGGUAGAAGCUGCGCAAAAGGCGCUGAAGGAGUUGGAUACAGACCUUAAGAAAGAUUUGAAUGAUCUAAAACUGGGAAUUAAAAAGUACAUCGAGGACUACUUUUCAGCGUUACAUAUAGCUGCACAUAAGAGUGAUAGUUUUAGUCUUGGUAGAGUACUGAAUCCGUUGGGAUCAGCAAGUCGGCUGCGGGAUUGGCUUGACGAGUUCGCUAAGAAAGGCUCAAAUGGGCAGCCCGCAUUUCCAGAUGUUGUCAAGGGUCUACAUUUUCUAAGGACCAGAUCAAAGAAUGAGAGAGCUAAUGACAUGUCUGCUUACACAUCUGUGUUCAAAGAUAUAAAUGAUAACGUGGAAAUGCGGUUGCCGGAGAAUUCUAAAACAAGUGAGAAAGUGUCCCUUGAUAAUUUCCCCAGAUACCCUACCCACUUUAAACGAGCUGAACACGGAACAACUGACUCAACUGGCACUGCAUCCGGGAACGUUCCAACGGCAAUCAAGGCAGUUGUAGACGACGGUCUGAAAGACCUGACUACCACUGGAGACAUCCAAAGCAUCUUGAGCAAAGCAACUAAUCCUUUUGACAGUGCCUUCAACACAGUUUUGACGCAGCUCACGGACAUUACUGAACUUAUUACUGAGAAGACAAAUGGUGGCAUAUUAGAAUACGAUGGAGAGAUGAACAAAAAAGGCGUCAAGACUCUUUUGGAGGAGCUUGAGAAUGGACUAAGUAAAGCUGUUUUGGGCACAGCAAAGGGUCUUAAGUUAAUACAAGAUGAAAUUAGAACGUUGUAUGUCACAGAGUUUAAGGACAUCGGCACAAUUCAUAAAACAAUCAAUAAGGUGGUCGAGACAGUUAAGAUUCUGGAACCUGUGCCAGCCACUGUAAACAAUUCUCAGAAAGAAGCAGAGAAGCUUAUGGGACUAUUGGAGAAUAAAAUUAAAUCUGUUGAACAGGGUAUUGAAACAAUUUGUGCAAAAGUCAAGGUGGCGGAGACGUCUCUGGAUGCGGCUAUUACAACUUUAAGCAAAACACUAUCGGCAUCCCAUGUACAACUAUAUGAUGAGACCGAAGCGCUUAAGAACAAACUAACCAAUACAGUCUCCUCCGCCUUCUCCACCCUCACCUCCCAAGUCCAAUCCCUCUUCGCGCGGCAGAAGCAGGCCGAGCUCACGCAGCUGCAGAGCGUCGUCGACGCGCAGUUGAGGGAGAUUAACAGGGUUAUUGAGCAGGAUAAGGCGACGGGGGUGAAGGGAUUUUUGGGGACGAUGAAAGACAAAUUUCUCGCAGAAUUCAACGAAAUCACAAAAUUCACCUUACCGUCUGAUAAAGUUGAAGCUCCGGAAAAAUCUCCGAUGAGCCGGACGGCGUUAAGAUUUAAGAUAGCUCUUGAUUACCUGUUCCAUUACAUUGAAGAGCAGGUGAAGACCCCGGUGCCGAAUAAGGAUGCGGAGGCAAAUGAUCAAUCCAGAAAGGUCUCCGAACUCAAAACACAACUAGACACUUUGCUCGACCACAUUAAAGAUAAGUACCACUAUGACCGUAAAUUUAGAGAAUUAUUAGAGUCACUUAUAGAUUUCAUGAACACAUUCUGUUUUGAUAAGUUAGCACCCAUCGUCAACCCAGCGUUGCUAGACCUGCUGAAAAGUGGGAUCAAUGAAUUCACCAAGCAACUUAGCUAUGCAUACGUCUCACGUUACUCGCAGCUGACCAUCCCGUGGAUGAAAAAGGCACACGCAGCAGCAGAACCAAAAUUAUCAUCCGAAGCACUUCAAUGUGCUAAAGCAUGUCUGACUGUAAUCCCUAUCGUCUUCGAGGACAUCAAUGACCUUGUCCUAGGCGUCGAUGAGAGAGGCUGGGACACGCAACAGAUAAAUUUACAUGUUGAAAACCUCGGAGAUUACUUUGAUUCCCGCGGUUACGAAGUGGCCACAGAGUCUGAGAAACAGGACGCAGAGCUGCAAAAUGCUAGAAAAAUGACCGGCGAUCAAAUUGUGAACAAGCUUGUUGUUUUGCUUAAAGGUGGCAAAAGGAAUCUUCUAGAUGACCUGAGCGACAUGCUCGGCACAUAUUACCAAGUCUGCCACCUCUCCACUUUCUCUGCAAGUAAACAACCAUGCAGUGUCUACGAGCACCUCUGCUGGUUGUCCGGCCUUCCGUGCAAUUCCGUUUACGGUGACCUGUUACGUGAAGGCAUUGGCAACCUGCUUGAGGACCCGAAUAAGGCACUUGCCGACGAGAAUAACGGCCUCGAUAUAUCCGUAUUUAACAUGGAAGCCUUUUACCUCGAUGCAUACCCCAAGCGAAUCACAUAUAAAGAUAUCGAGGCGGUGCUGCACCAUAUCUGUUCCACGUCCUACGAUCUUCUCACUUGCAUCGCUGGCACUGGUAACGCCGAGACUAUCUACGGCAUCGAGUUUUGCAACAACUCCCAUAAUCUCAAAUAUCCCAGUGCAGGUGACGAAUGUCUCCAGAUGCUCCUCGACGUUCUACGUAGGUUACUACCUCCACUUAGGUUCAUGUUUGGUCAGUGCACUAAUCGGGCAUCUGAUUUCGGUUGGGCCGACUGUUGGUACGGCAAAGCUGUCAAUGCUUCAAAUUGGCAAUGUAAGGAGCACCCAAACACUAAACCAAUUGGCCAACCAAAAGGUCAACCAAAAUCAGAACCAAAUUGCCAACCUAGAUCACCAUUAAUGAGUUACCUAAAUGACUCUCUUCCCGGUCACCUACCGCACCACCUUAGUUCCAUCGGUUGUAGAGCUACAUGUUCGACGUGUCCUUCAACAUCCAUGAAGGGUAUGCCCUGUCUGACGCCACUCGGGUUUAAAACAUUCUCCGGAAAUCCAAAGACGGGCAACGACCUAUGUAAGGUGCUGGGCAGAUUCUUUGGCAACCCCUAUCUUUCAUCGCUCUUCUGCCUUGGUCCCAGACCACCGUCUACUCUCCCAGAACACAUUGGCUUUGCGUUGUCACUAGUGAAGAAUUGGGAAAAGCCGCCUGGUUAUGAUAAUAACCCUAUACACAAUGGAAUUGCCGGAAAAGCUGCAGAGCUUUCCAUAUACCAAUAUUCUCAUGACGGUCCCCUGUUUGGUGCACUGGUAGAUGCAUACGGUUAUCAGCCGCCCAAAGCAUCCACUCACUCCGACCCUGAUCACGCUGACCUCUACAGUCUGUGUCUGGCGAAGAACAUUAUACCGUGUUCCGGGUCCAAAGGGAAAUGCGCCAGGUACCUCUCUUCACUAUGUGCUGAUUAUUACCAAUACGCUGCUGUUAAGAAUUGUAGUCUCCUGUUGUCGUGGGCUGUAUACCUCCCAUGGAAAUUCCAUGAUUGCCUCAAAAAUCUACUCGAUGCCUUCUGCAACAUCGUCUGCCAGGACUGGGGUUGCGGCGGAUGCCUAAAAAGUGGCAAGUGCAAACGUGGAGAGCACGGUAGCAGCGACGAAAAAACCAAGAAAUCGCAUUGUUCAUGUGACUCCAUUGUGUCAUGUAGAGGUGUCUCACCAACAUUGCACAGUUAUGGAUUUACGUUCGGCAACGCAGUCGCUCUAAAUCGGUCAAAAACGGAAAUAAAGUGUUCCGAUUUCUGCCAACAAUUAAAAAAGGAUGCCAGGAGGGAAGCCUUGAAGGAAAUUGAUGCCCGUCGUAUCUCUCUUGGUCAGCUUGCUGGACAGCUUUCGGGUUUUAUUGGCGGGAGUGGAGAAAUCCAGAAAGCUAUUUUGAAUGGUUUGCAGAGUAACGUAAAUCAGCUUGAAAAGCUUUUAAAUAAAUCUUGCGGAGGGGAGGGGUGUGAUUGUGAUAAGUAUCCUGAGAAGUUCAGUGAGGGACUUAAAAAGCUUAGUGCGGAACUUGAGAAAGAAAUUAAACAAAUUGAGGAAAAUAAAGAUCAUAGAAUAAUUUUUGAUGGGUUUCAAACUCAUGUAAAUGCGGUGAAUGGGAAAAUUCAUGAAAAACAUUCGGCUAUUGAAAAGACAAUUAAGCCACUUGAAGCUUCUAAAAAAGAAUAUGAACAGAAAAAAGAGUCUUUCCCUGAGAAAGAUUCCAAAUCCCUUCAGUCUCAUAAUGCCUCCAAGGAGUCUCUCAAGACACUGAAUCAGCUUUGUCAAUAUGCUGAGUCACUGAAAACUCAUAAAAGUGGAGACUGUGAAAAUAUUCUUAACAAUUUCUGUUCCGGCCUUGAGACCUUCCUAGGCUUCAACUCCGACUCCAAAGGCUACGAUGGCUCCGGCAUCGUGUACUCUGACCUCGACAGGCUGUGCGACGGGGUGAUGUCCUUUCUCCUUGAAUGUCUUAAGGGCAGUAGAGAUCUUUUACAUCAUUAUUUUCCUGAUAUUACAAGGACAAUUAGUGAGUUAGAAGGUAAAAUAGGUAAGGGCUCUGGUGUCUUAGGAUUUGCGCAGGCCAUUGGGAGAGUGCAGCAGGGGCUGCAGGGGUAUGAGAGUGGCAUGGAGGAGAGGAUUAAUCGUUUUAAAAGUUGGUAUGACGCAAUGAUGAAUACUGAAAUAAAGGAUUUAAAAGGCGAAAUGUCAACAUUUCAUGAUAAGAACCUUGAAGAUCAGUUGAAAGCUGUGUCCUCCAAGGCAAAGAUGUGUCUUCACAGGGCAACAUUCGGCGAAAAAUCAAAAAGUGAACUCGAUGAAAAAUUGCGUGAAAUGCUUGAUAAACCUGUAAGUUUAAUCAAACAGGCUGCACACGAUUUUAGGGAAAUUAAUGAAAAUGGCCUGCUUAACCAUCAGGCAAGGGCUGUGGACACGGCACUUCAGACCCAGCAAGCUGCCUUAAACAACGCUAUAAAUACUGGGUCCCAAAAGUUUCAAAACACUGUAGGUGGUGAAUUUGACAAGAUAAGAAGUAGUUUGAAUGACCUGAAAGAAAAUACUUUAAAGACUGAAAUGCAAAAGGUGAGGAGUGCAGUGGAGGACGCGAAGGUAUUUGUACAAGACUGUAUAACGGAUUUUGAUAAAAUAUAUGAACACAAUAUUCUGAAUGAGUUCAACAGUAUCAAUCAACAAAUGACUGAUAUCACUAAAUCAAAUAAAAGCGUAAAAUAUGAAUCAAAAUUGUUCGAAGAGGUCGAGAAACUUAACAAGGCGGUAUUAGAGUUGGAAAAGCUGUAUCAGGGAAAAUUGGUGGAUGUCAAAAAGAAAGUUGACAAGGCGUGUGUUGGCGGAGCUUACGAAAUUGAUGACCACCUGCGCACGGAUUUGGAACGAGUGCGAGGGGAUAUAAAACUGCAGAUUGAUGGUUACAUCGACAAACAGGUUGAUGCUAUUCUGAAAGCGGCGAAGAAGGCAAAUACUGUAAUUCAGGGUAGUAAGUUGAAAGAGUUGUUCAAUUCUAUGCAAGGAUCAACGGCUGGAAAUAUUGUAGAUGCACUAAGAUCUUUAAAUAGUGAACUCAAGCUAAACAGUGGUUCACCAAUUCCCGAUCCAGAUACCCUCCACCUGAUUAGAAACCUUAAGACUGAUAUAGAGAAUACGCUUAAGAAAGUUAUAACGGAUCCUAAAGAAAAUAUAAAGAUCAACGAGAGCUUCAUGAACCAUUAUUACGUACAAACUAUGAAAGAAGAACGUCGAGAAGGUGCGCUUAGAACAAAAAUCAAGCAGAUUAAAGGGAAGUUUGGCGGCGGCUUCCAAGGUGACGGAGAAAACACAAAGAUACAUUUGGAAACACUUGAAGGAUACAAUACUCCGCCAAGCACAUCCAGCUCCAGUGAAGGCGCCAAGCCUGCGUAUAACAAGGCGGUCGCCAGUGUGAAACAAAUGGUUGACAAAAUGGAACGGCUUCCAGAAUUCGUUGAACAGCGUAAGCUGGCAGCCCAGAAAAUUAUGAAAGAUAUUAAAAUACAAUUCACCACACUGCAAGGCAAGAUUGAGAAUAUUGAGGAUAGUGUUAGUACAGCCGAUAAUGGGUUACAAAGGGCUAUUGACGCGCUUAGUAAAGCCGUGGAACAAUCAAGGGUGUCCACAAUUAGUGAUUCUGAAAUACGUAAAGGCACACUCCUCUCCCAAGUCCAACAAUCCUUCUCCACCCUCACCUCCCAAGUCCAAUCCCUCUUCGCGAAGCAGAAGCAGGCCGAGCUCACGCAGCUGCAGAGCGUCGUCACGGAGCAGUUGGAGAAGAUAGAAGAGAUAAUCAGGGAGGAUAAAUCAACAGGGGUGAAGGGUUUUUUGACGAUAUUAAGAGAGGGGAUGUUUGAAAAUUUCCUGAGUAGGUCGCAUCCUUUAAAAGAUGGCAUGAAACUAUCAGAGUUGGCUGUACAAGCUGUAAUUUGUUUUGAGGGUCUGUUUGAAUAUUUUGAUGAAGAAUUGACACCAAAGAACUCCCGACUUGUACGUACAUUGCAUUCUCAGUCUACAGGUCCUCAUGCUGCUAUGGUUGAGAACAUCAGAAGUGUUCUCAACGCCUUGCUUGGUCACUUAAUAAAUACUAAACUUAAAACAUAUGACUUUGACCACACCUUUAGAGAGAAAGUACAUGAGCUCACAGUGUCGGUAGGCGCCUUAAGCGCUAAAACGUUCGGCGAGGGAAGGAAUCCCGAGCUGCUGAACAUCUUUAAGAGUGGCAUGUUGGCCUUUACCACUGAACUCGGCCACGCGUACGUUAACGCUUAUAGCGGUAAACACUUUGUAGGUGACUUAGUAACCAAGUCUACUGAACAACCCACCGAACAAGUCCUUUCCACCGAGGGCCGCAACUGCGCCAAGGUCUGCCUGACCAUACUGGAGACGGUGAAUAGUGGGCUGAAAGGGUUGCGGAAGGGAUGUAUUAAGAGUGGUAGCGGUAUGCAAAUCAAUUUAUCGAAUGGCCUAGGAAAAGCCUUCCAACGACUAGGCUACGAUGUUGCCUCUAGUCCAACCACCCAGGACGGUGAGUUACGUAAUAAGAAGGGUUUCACCGGUGAGAACAUUUACAGUGAUCUCCUUGUCUACAAACAUAAUACUGGAAAAGGUGAUAAAACAUAUCAACUCGUCAGCGACGAUGACGACAACAAGGAGAAGAAAGAUAAACAUGGUGUCAUUAGACAGCUCAACACCCAUCUUGGCAGAUAUUACUACGUCUCUCACUACUACAUUCCUCCGAAUCCGAAAUCACCAAGUAACAUCUAUCACUUGUUACAAUGGCUCCUCGGUUUAUACUUUAAUCCGAUUUAUAGUACGCUUGGUGAGUACUUCAAGGAAUUGUUUGAGAAGCCCGAAAAUUAUAAAGAUAAGAAAUAUUCCGAAAUUGAUGAAAGCCAACUUAGCUUACUUGCCACCACAACAAUUAGACCAAAGACAUUAAAAGACACACUCCGAUUGGUGUGUUUAGACUCCGCAGACACUCUGAUCGCCUUUCUAGGCCACGGCCAUCCUGACGGCCGAUAUGCCGUUGACUUUUACACAAACACCGACGGUUUGUCGUACCCUAGCAACGCCGGUCAAUGUUUUGACAUGUUGGUAGAUAUAUUGAAUAGAGUGUUUUAUCAAUUGCGUUUCUUAUGUACCCAGUGUUCCAACAGCCGUAGUCGUGGUGGUUGGCAAGACUGCCACUAUGGCCAGGGAGUUGGCGGUUCAUCAUGGAACUGCAACACCAUGCAGUGCCCCAACCAAAUAGCGAACCAAAACGGAAACCAAAGCUCUGACCAAAACUGCGAGCAACCAUGUAAUCAACAUCCCAAGUGCGGCAUCAAAUCACCACUGCAGUCGUUCCUUGAAGACGGCCUUGUCGGCUUCUUGCCGCAUCAGUUCACGAAGCCAGGUUGUAAGCUGGAAUGUACUGUGCCCAAUCAUAGAGGCAAGCCGUGUCUCACUCCCAUGGGAUUUGCAGACAUUGGUACAGUUGCUUCGCGUACAAAGGACGGUGUCUAUCUCUGGAAAGCACUUUACAGUUUCUGCGGUCCAGAUUCUGACCUCCGUAAACUGUGUUGUCAGCUCAAUUGUCUACUUCGCAGACCGCCGCAAACACUCGGUGAUAUGUUUGCGUUUUACUACCAAUUCCUUCAGAAUUAUAGUGUCGAGGGAAGAAAGCAUAAAAAAGAUGCAUUUGAUGAAGCUGUCAGAAAAUCCAACUUCGGAGACGCCAAAACAGAGCUGGACUUUGUGUCCAUACAAGGCACCAAGUCGCAUUCUGAUAAGCAUUCCCAAGGUGAUCUCUUCAGUCUUACAGACUGUGAUUCUAAGUUAGAAUCCGGCCUGCCCUGCGGGCCAUAUUUAGCUUCAAUAAGUGAAGACAUCAGGUCGGUAUAUUCUAAGGAGCAUGCCGGCAACUAUCUGUCGUGGAUCGUAUAUCUUACCCAAACGUUUUAUGAUCUACUUAAACAACUAUGUGAGCAGUGUUGUAAUAAAUGCAAUAAGCAGGGCAUCAACUGCCGUGGUAAGAAAUGUGGUAAGGACUGCACAGUAAAGUAUACUGAUGGAGCAGACAUCAAGCAACUAGAAACUCAGGAGCACCGUGAUGACUGCCAAUCAAUUCUGAAGUGCCCAGAUACGCACCCAACACUGUAUACAUAUGGCUUCACAUUCGGUAGUCCUCAUGAAUUAUCCGGUGGAAAAGGAGAGGAUAAAAUACGCACAUGUCAAGAUUUAUGCGAGGCGCUGGAAAAUGUAUGCCAUGGAAAAUCACUGAUUGCAGAUUUAGUAAUUAACAAGAUACCUGAAUACUUAUGGAACAUAAGAUCUAAAUUCUCCUACCUCUUGCUCACCCUCUGGUCGCUCUCGCUCCUGUACCUGCUGCACAUCGCCGUCGUCCGCCUCGACGUCCUGAGGAUACGCUCCCACCUGCGAUCACCCUCAAGCCACCGCAUCGCCGCGCAGUCGCUGCUCGCCGCCGCACGCGUCAGGGCACUCGCCAACGUCAAGUACUUCUCACCAAUCAGCCUCACGUGA